AUGCCCUCCAAGAGCUCCCCUAGGAACGUCCUAAGCCGGGGGCUGUUGGUGCCGCUGGGGCAGCGGGAGCACGCCUGGCUAGUGGCGGUGUCGGCGGGGUGCUGGGCUCGGGUGCGGGGGCUCUUCCUGGAAGAGCCGGAGCUGGCCCUGCAGCGGGACUUCAUGUCAGGCUUCACAGUCCUCCACUGGCUGGCCAAGCACGGCGAUGGGCCAGGCCUGCAGGAGCUGGCAGCGGCAGCGCAGCAGGCUGGGCUGGCCCUGGACGUGGACGCCCGCUCGGGCUGCGGGUACACUCCGCUGCACCUGGCUGCCAUACACGGCCACCAGCUCGUCAUCAAGGUGCUGGUGCUGCAGCUGGGGUGCCAGGUGCAGGUUCGGGACGGCAGCGGGCGCCGGCCCUGGGAGUAUCUGGGCAGCUCCACCUCGGGGGAGAUCUGGCAGCUCCUGGAGGCACCCCGAGGCACGAUUAUGUUCCCCACGCAGCCCCUGGCCCGCAGCGUGUCCUCAGUCAGCAAGGUCUCGCUGUCCGCUGGCAGGGCAGCGCUCCCCGCCUGCCUCAGGCCGCAGCACGGCCACGGGGCAGCAUCCCACCGAACCGGCAGCGAGAGUGACUGA